CUAGCAACGUCAAGAUAUAAUGCGCUCCGCCAAUCAGCAUUCUGCGUUACCCAGUGUGCAGUGCGUCCCGGGGCUUGGCUACUAAUAUAGGGAGGCGAGGCUGCCGCGCCCAACACUUACGCCCAGGAGAGUUGCAGAGAAAUAUCUAGCUAACAAGGAGGUUGAAAUCUUUUCUUUUCAUUUCUGUUUGUACCUUUUAUUGCGUGUUCUGAAAUUUAGGACUUUUCAAGGCGAAUGGAAGUUUGACACAAGAGUGAAAGUCACGAGCCUUGUGACGGUUGUUUCAGUUCCAGAAGUAGAAAUAAUCUGAGAAGAUCCAUCAACAGCUCAGCAAAGUGUCCCUUCAUGAUGAGGAUCAACAAAAACCUGCUGCCCAUCAAGGUUCACUAUUUCCUUCGAUAUGCAGGUGCGGCACCCUUGGUGAUGCUGCUCCCACUUAUAGUACGGAGCAAAGGAGUCUCGCCACAGACGGUAGGGCUUCUGUGGACCAUAUUACCCAUAGUGGGCCUCAUCACCAACAACAUCUGCGGCACGCUGGCUGAUUACUUAAGGGCCUAUCGCACUGUCUUCCUGGCUAGUAUAACCAGCCUGACAGCAGGUCUUCUAGCCAUGUAUUGGAUACCAGAGCUUCCAAUGGUUGCUCAAACGUCAGAGGAAGCUUUCAACAUCACUUUGCUAGGAAAUGCAACGCUCUCUUCCGGUGCUUUCCUCGCCAACAGCAGCACGUUAUCCGUGGAGCUGGGGAGCGUGGACCCAGAGAUGACAGUUGGAGAGGGCCAGCAGGCAUUGCCGCCCGGUGAAGAGACAACGGGGAUCCUGGAGGAGAGCGAGGGUGUGGCCUCCCUCCUGCGCUACCCGCAGUUCUGGCUCAUCAUCUUCGCCCUCAUGUUGGAACAGAUUGGAAUCACUACCUGUAUUAUGAUGGCCGAUUCUGUCUGUUUCCAGAUCCUAGGUUCUGAGCGGCAUCUGUACGGGCGGCAGCGUCUGUGGGGCACAAUCGGCAUGGGCGUGAUGGCCAUCGUCUCAGGGGCGCUUGUCGACAUCUAUUCUCAGGGUCUGCCACAAAAGGAUUACCUUCCCGCCGUCAUCUCCUGCAUUGUUCUCAUGUCAGCAGACAUCCUGGUGGUGGCAAGGAUGAAGAUUCCUUACUCCAGUGACGACAAAUUAAAGAUGGGAGAAGUUGGCAACAUACUUGUGCAUCCCGAAGUCCUUCUCUUCCUAAUGACCGUGUACGUGAUGGGCGCGUCGCUUGGCAUCGUGUGGAUAUUCAAACUGAUGUUGGUGGAGGACGUCUCCCUGGCAUGGAACCCUGACUUUCCUGCGCUCAAACUCCUUCAGGGAUUAGUUUUAGGAAUCGAAACCUUUGGCGGAGAGGUUCCAUUCUUUUUCCUCUCAGGGGUGAUAAUCCAGUGGCUGGGAUACACUGGUGUGCUCAUCACGUCGGUGCUCAGCACAGGUCUGAGAUGCUGCCUUUACUACACUGUCAGCAAUCCCUGGUACUUCCUACCUAUAGAGCUCCUUAAUGGCCUCAGCUAUAGUGUCUUUCAUUCCGUCAUGGGUGCCUACGCCAGCCACAUCGCGCCGCCAGGAGCCCAAGCCACAGUUCAGAGCGUCUUCAGGUCCACCUUCUACAUAGGCGUGUCCACGGCUGGGUUUCUGGGCGGUUUGCUCUACAACACCAAGGGCGCCAUCGCCUUCCUGAAUGUGGGCGUGUUCGAUCUGAUCUACGUGCUUGUCUUUGUUCUCCUGCACUUCCUGAUCAACAGAUACUGCUCCUCAGGUGAAAUGAACUCUGUGGCGCAGGAUGGCGCUAAGCAGAAUGAGCCCACCAACGAGGCGCCAGAGGUAAUGAAGUUGUUCCUGGAAGAGAAAAAAUGCCCAGAGUCCACGGGGAGCACGGGAAGGAUUCAUGAAGGUACAAGGGACGAGUGCUGGAACCACGCGCUUUAA